GCACGAGGCCCCCGAUUCAGCUGUCCGUGCACCGCCUGUCACUGUGUGAUUGGUCAUCGUUGUCGCACCGGUAGGACCCACACAAAGGUGUCCACGCAGUGCCUGCUGGUCCCCAGUUGCUGAGGAAGCUGUAGGCAUUUGCGGCUUCGCCAUAGCACUGGUUCCCGGCCCGUCUUUCCCCAUUACCGCUGAGGAGAGCUCUGCACAGAGCGGCAGGAUGCUGGAAGAAGCCGGGGAGGUGUUCGAUAACAUGCUGAAGGCGUCUUUUCCCCUCACGUUCAUCGUCUUCAUCCCGGCAGUGCUGCUCCUCGUGUCUCCCCUGCAGGCCGAGGCCGCCCAUGAGUUCACAGUGUACCGCAUGCAGCAGUACGACCUCCAGGGCCAGAGCUACGGUACCCGAAAUUCAGUUCUUAACACAGAGGCUCGUACAGUGGAAGCAGAUGUACUGAGUCGACGAUGUGUUCUCAUGCGCUUAGUGGAUUUCUCUUUUCAGCAGUAUCAGAAAGCGCUGCGCCAGUCAGCAGGUGCCAUAGUGAUUAUCCUGCCACGGGACAUGGCAGCUCUGCCACAAGAUAUAGUACAGCAAUUCAUGGACAUAGAGCCCGAGAUGCUUUCAAUGGAGACUCAGGUUCCUGUUUACUUUGCUGUGGAGGAUUCAGAACUUCUGUCUAUAUAUGAACAGACUCUUUCAGCUUCUGCUAACCAGGGCACCUCUUCUGCCGCUGAAGUACUCCUUCACACUGCUACUGCAAAUGGUUUCCAAAUGGUGACAAGUGGAGCUCAGAGUAAGGCGAUCAGUGAUUGGCUGGUAACCAGUGUGGAGGGACGUUUGGCUGGCCUUGGUUCAGAGGACCUUCCAACCAUUGCCAUUGUUGCUCACUAUGAUGCUUUUGGAGUUGCUCCAUGGUUGUCUUAUGGUGCAGAUUCUAAUGGUAGUGGUGUUGCAAUCCUAUUGGAGCUGGCACGUCUCUUCUCUCGGCUGUACACCUACAAACGAACACAUGCCAGUUACAAUCUGCUGUUUUUCGCAUCAGGAGGAGGAAAAUUUAAUUACCAGGGAACAAAGAGAUGGUUAGAGGAUCAUCUGGACCACACAGAUUCAAGCCUCCUUCAAGAUAAUGUGGCUUUUGUGUUGUGUCUGGAUACUGUAGGAAGUGGUAAUAGUUUUCAUCUGCAUGUCUCUAAGCCUCCAAAAGAAGGAACUUUACAGCAUGCUUUCCUCAAAGAGCUGGAAAUGGUUAUUGCUACCCAGUUCCCUGAAGUCAAGUUUUCAAUGGUUCAUAAGAAAAUAAACUUGGCUGAAGACACUUUAGCUUGGGAGCAUGAACGUUUUGCUAUCCGUAGGAUUCCAUCCUUUACUGUGUCUCACCUAGAUGGGCACCGUAGUGGUCACCGCAACAGUGUCUUGGAUCUAAGUUGGAAAGUGGACAAAGAGGUUCUAGCCCGUAACACUCGUAUACUCGCUGAAGCGCUUACUCGGGUCAUCUAUAAUCUCACAGAGAAGGGAGCUCCAUCUGACCUACAGAUCUUCACACAGCAGAUGAAUGCUGUGUUUUCUGUGCAGCAGGUCCAAAAGGAGCAGUUAGAAGCUGUGAUGCAAUGGCUUAGCAACCAGCCUCGUGCGGCACAGCUUGUAGAUAAAGACAGCAGUGUACUCAACACUCUGGAAUAUUACAUGAGCCGAUACCUGAAAGAUGUCAAACUUUAUCAUGUCAAGGCUGAUAAAAGAGAUCCAGAAUUUGUGUUUUAUGAUCAGCUGAAACAAACUAUGAAUGCAUACCGAGUAAAACCAGCAAUAUUUGACCUCCUAUUGGCAGUGUGCAUUGCAGCUUACCUUGGUCUAGCAUACCUUGCAGUUCAGAACUUUGGCGUGCUUUAUAAAUUAGUGCAGAAAGUGGCCUUGAAACCAAAACAGAUGUGAAGAAUACAUUCCAAGUCUCAUCCAUUGGCAUCUGAAUACCUUUUAAGAAGGGGGUUCAGCUACAACAAAAGCAUUAUUUUGUCGUUUUAAGCACUGGAGAUUGAACUUAAAGAUGGUCCUUUUUACUCCUUUGCAUGAAUCUCCGCCUGACGCCUUCCUUUACUAAAGUGUUUUGAGCAGAAUAGAUUGGUUGUUAAAUAUUGUGAUCACAGGAUGCAGAUGUUACCUUCUGCCUCGGGGAAACAGACUUUUCUCUGUUGGUACUCAGGAUUUAACUAUGAAGGUUAAAUAUUUUUAUGUAUUUAUGAUCCCAGGGAUUGUCCCAUCAUUUUUGCCUUUUUCUUUAUUUUUGUUUUAUUUUCAUUCAUGCACUGAAUCACCCCUUUGUGACAAUUUAAUUGAAGAUGAUGAUCAAAGUCUAAAAUUAACACGGACUUGAAAUGAAAUCAUUAUGGAAAUAAUAAAGAAAACUUUAAAAUAAAUCAUGUGGAUGU